AUGGAAGGCAAUUUUUGCAAUGAUUUAUUUGUAAAGAGCAGCAUUUUUAGCUGUACAGAUGGUGGGCUUGCUGAAGUAAAUUCCAGCUUUCAAAAAGAUAAAAAAGUACUUACCCUAAACAUUGUAUAUAGACCAAAAAUACCACUUGAUAGUAUAGUAACACUUCAUUGGGGCUUAGCAAAUAGUGAUCAUGGUGAGUGGGUACAACCUCCAAUAUGUUUAUUUUCAGUAAAUGGCACAACUCCCAUAAAGUGUAGUGAUAACAUAUCCUGUGAAUCAAUAACAGUACCAAUUAACAAUGGAUCGUAUUAUUCAUGUGAAGUAUCUAUGGAUUGUGCACAUCUAGAGCAAAGACAUGGAUUAAUCCAUCCAAAGCUUUCUAAAGAAGGUAUUGAAGCCUGUGAAGGCUAUGUAGCUGAUUGGAUUAAUACAGAGAAAACAGAUUGGGGCCUUUGUUUUGUACUGUAUGCUUCUCCUAAAAUUGAGUUAAAUUUAAAAAGUUGUCCACUUGAAAAAGUAUGGAUAAAAAGGAAAGAUUGCAAAAAGGGAAAUUUCUUCAUUCCCAUUAGCACUGAAAUUAAGAUUUUGAGUUUUGUAAAUCACAUUAUAGAUAAAGAUGAAGCAGCUAAAAUAUAUUUAAAAAGUGUAAAGUCUUAUUUCAAAUCAGAAACAAAAAAUACGGUAUCCUUACCAUUAUCACAUACAAAUUCGUCAUCCUCAGCAAAGAAUCACUAUGACAGUAUGACACAAGAGUGUUUCCUAGUAAAAAUAGGAACGAGACAUAGUACAAGUUUACCUAUUAUAUGGGCUGCUGCCAUCAACAAUAAUGAGGAUGAGAGUGGAGGUAAAACAAUAGUACUUGUAUAUUCAAAUAUAAAUCCAGUUAGUUUUGUUGAUUCUAAAGUGGGAACCAACUUAAAAAAUAAUGACUUGGAAGUAUUAUUGCAUUUUGGAUUUCUUAGGAGCUUGGAGAACAGAGUAUGGAUAUCUCCUGCAAUAUUAGCCGAAGAUUUAAACUUGAAAGUAGAGUCAAUUAGCAACUAUGACAAUAAAUCAUCAGAAACCAAAUUUGAAUAUUUUGAAGAUCAUAAUUACUGGAAAUGCGUGCUUAAGUUCCCACAAAAAUUAACAAGCGAAAUGAAAGGUAUUGGAUUUGUGUUAAAAUCAAUAGUUGAAGGACCUCAAAAAAGUCAAAUAACUUGGAUAAAAUCUAUAUCUAAUGAUGACUUUAUUUUUAAAUUACCACCAAUUCGAAGAGAUGCAAUUUUGAUAAAAAGUAGUGGGAAAUUGUCUACCUCUAAUUUAAGUAUUGAUUCUAAACCACAAGAAAAUAUUGAAACAAAAAGUAAUACUGAUUAUUUACUAAAGGAAGAGCUAUUCAAGACACAUAUACAGGAGUUUGAGUCUAAUAGUGAGUAUUGUAUACAAGAAUUCAUACAAAAAUACAAAAUUGACGAAGAGUCAAUUUUGGUGAGGAAGAAUUAUUAUAUAUCUGAUAAAAUUGGAGUUGCUAGUUUCAUCGUCGCUACUGUAGAGGAAUUCUGUAUACUGGAAUUAAAUAUUUGCAGUAGAGAAGUACUUAUCUUGCACUGGGGAUUAAUUUGUAAUUCAAGGUAUGGUCGAAGAAAAGGUUGGGAAUGUCCACCUCAAACUUGUUUCCCAGUAAACACUAUUAUUUUUGAUGAAAAAGCAUGUCAAACAGAGAUCCCUUGCAUACAAAAUAUCAGCAAUAUCUUAUAUCAUCAAAAAAUAACAAUUAGGUUUACGAAGGAAAUCUUAGAUAAUUACAGCAAGUUUACUUGUGUAUUUAAAAAAGUGAAUCCAGAUGGAAGCUAUAAUUGGUACAAGGAUAAAAAUCGUGAUAUAGAAUUUCCUAUUUCAAAAAUAAACUCUGAAAAUAGUCACUUUUGGAAAGGAUACUGGAGUAAUAUUGUUGAUAAGAUUUUAACUGCAGAAAUUGAGUGGGGAAGCAUUACUUUAAUGCAUAGGUAUAAUUUAAUGGAUGAAAUUAUACAAACAUGGUCUAGUGAAUUUAACAAUCUCCGUGAAUCAAAGUCCUAUGAAUUAAAUUUUAAAAUGAUUUGGUGUGUCUCUGAAAUAAUUGAACAAAUAUCACGGGAACCAAAAGGAAGUUGGCUUAAAGCAAUUAAUAGCACUGAUUACAAUAAUUGGUAUGAAAAAGGAGAAGAAUUUUGGAUAUGGAUUAUGAUAUGGAUGAGAUUUAAUGCACUUGGUAUACUUGAUUGGCAAAGAAACUAUAAUACAGCUCCAAGAUUAUUAGCAUCAGCAGCUGAGAAUGCAACAUUAACAGUAAUAUCUAAAUGGAUUGAAUGGCCUCAAUAUAGAUGGUUAAUUAGAUUGAUAAUACAAACAAUGAUCAGGGGCGGUUCUCGUGGUCAAGAGGUAAGAGAUAGAAUCCUUCAUAUAAUGCAUAGAAAUCAUAUUCCUGAAGCUCAUGGAACAUUUUAUGAACAGUGGCAUCAAAAAUUACAUAAUAACACAACACCAGAUGAUGUAGGUAUAUGUCGUUCAAUAAUUGGAUAUCUAAGAAGCAGUGGAAAUCAAGAUGAAUUUGCAAGAAUAUUAUAUGAAAAUGGAUUAUCGUGGGAAAAAAUAGCCUCUUAUGAUAGACCAAUUACUACAAAACCAUAUCUUCCUUGUAAUACUGAUAUAUAUUCACUCGCAUAUGACUUUGAGCAAUAUCUUGAAGUGCUAAUUGAUGUACAUGAGGCUAUUAACUUGCAGAGAUCUUUUCAUCACUGCUGUUGUUAUCUACCUAGUGAAUUGCAAGAUGUCUGUAAAUCUAUAAUAUAUGGAAAUGACAAGAAAUUUGAUGAUACUAGAGAUCUAAAUAUUCUCCAUGAUAGGUUAAUGAAGGUGAAUAAUGUCAGAAUUAAAAUUCUGGACUGCAUAUACUAUCAGCAUGGUGCAAAGUCGCCAUCUGAUAAUAACAAACAUGCAAUAAAGGAAAUAAUGUUUUUAGAUCUUGGUUUGGAGAAUUUACAGGGUAUGUUUAUUCAGACAAUGUGUACUAUAUCUGGAGACCAUAACUUAAAUCACAUGAUAGAUGAAAUGAAUAAUUUUUUAUGGAUUAUGCUUGGCCAUGAUCCAGUAAAUAGGGAACUUUUAGCAAUUUGCUUUGACUGGUUCAAAUUUAAUAAGGUUCAUGACCCCUUGAGUUUUUUACUUUUGAAAAGCAUAUUAGAAAGAUUACAUAUAUUUAUUGGAAGUCACAUGGACAUAAUUUACAAGGGAUGGAAUCCAAAAGUGAGAUUUUUUGGAGGUAGCUUGGGUCUAGAGGAAAAUAAUAAUACUAUAAGGAAUUUUAUGGAUGAAGUACUAAGGUCAACUUUAUUAUCAACCAUAUCUUUACAAAUUAAGAGAAUCGAUAAAUACCUUCUCAAUAAAAUGGAAACUUCACAUAUGCAAGACUGGCAAUACAUUAGUUACAACCCAUCUUGGUAUAGCAACCAGAAAUUAAUAGGUGUUGUGAAACGAGUCGACAAAAUUACUGACGAUAUAGGCAAAGAGAGUACUCCAAAAAUUCUUAUAUGUUCAUAUAUAUCAGGUGAAGAGGAUAUACCCAUGAACGUUGUAGGAAUUCUGUUAACUGAUUCCAACUUUGCACCCGAUAUACUCUCUCAUUUAUCAGUUCGUGCAAGAAAUAUGAAUGUACUUCUAGCUGUAUGCCAAAAUCCCAAUUUAAUAUUGAAUGAAAUCAACACAAUUGAUACGGAUACUAUUAUUGAAAUAAAAGUAACUAGUGAUAUGAUGUUGAAGAUUGAAAAGAAUGCUAAUAUAGAAGUAAAUUCUGCUAUUGAUACUGAGAAAAAAAAACACUUUAUACCAAAAAAAGACAACUUGAAAUUAAAAACUUCAGAUAAAUCAUGGAUUAUAUAUCCUGAAAAAAUGGAUGAUACAGUUGUUGGACAAAAGGCAAUAAAUCUUUUGAAACUUCGUAGAAUUAUUACCGAAACUCAAGAUUCAAAUAUAAUAAAAGGAAUUUAUGUCCCAAAUUGUGUAUCAUUGCCAUUUGAAACUCUCUCAAGAGUAAUACCGAAAGAUUUAAAUGAAAAAUUGAGUGAAUUAUUGAACCAAAUAUUAAAUGAUAAUGACUUGGUAAAUAAAACCUUAUCAGAAAUUUGUGGAAUUAUUGAGAAUGAUAUCAAGCCACCAAAAGACUUACUGCAAGAGUUAUAUAAAGCAUGUUUGACACUAAAAAGUGAUGAAAUUGAUAUUUGUGAUGAGAAGCAAAUAGAUAACACGAAUAUAGAAAGUAUUAUAAAUAAUCCUAUUAUUAAAGAAAUGUGGAGCUCUAUUACAAAGGUCUGGAGCUCAGUAUAUCAUCCCCGUGCUUAUACAAAUAUACUUAAAAUUGGGCAAUCUCUAAGCAAUGUUUAUAUGUCAGUCGUUAUUCAAAGACUACUGAAAGCAAAUUAUGCUUUUGUAUUACAUAGCAAGAAUCCUGUACAGAAAGUGGGAACUAAUGAUAUAAAUUCAGAGAAAUAUGAAGAGAUGUAUGGUGAACUAGUAAUUGGCCUAGGAGAAACACUUGUGUCUAAUACAUGUGGAAAAUCGUUAGGUUUUACUGCAAAACGUCUUAAAGAGUGUAAGAAUUAUUGCGAUAUUAAUAUGAUUCAGGAAGUAAAUAUUAUGUGCUUCCCUUCAAAAUCUAUUGCCAUGUUUAGUCAAGAUAGUUUUAAUUCUAUAGAAAAAAAAGAUUUUGAUAAAGAUGCUAAUCUCGAUGUUAAUUACAUAUUUAGAUCAGACUCAAAUGCAGAGGAUAUUGCAGGUUUUGCAGGUGCAGGAGUAUUUGAAUCAUUUCCAUUAAUACAACCGAUUAGUGAAUAUGUCACCUAUCUGAAUCAAGAAAUAAUAAUAAAUCCCCUAUUUAGAGAUCGGCUCCUAAGAUCACUAGGUAUUUUAGCAUUUUAUAUUCAAGAUGAGUAUAAAGGUGUGCCACAGGAUAUAGAAGGAUGUAUUAUACCUUCAAUUUCAAUUCAUUCAGAUCUACCUUAUACAAUUGCUGUUGUACAAUCAAGACCACAAGUAUAA